AUGUCUGUUUUAGCUGCCACUACUACUAGUACAUCACCUCCGUCAAUAACAAUCGCUUUUUGGUCGUUUGAUUACAAUACACGUGAGCUGUACAACACUGGUCUCGAUGGUGUUCUCGUUGGAGAUCCAACAUAUACGACAAGUCGUCUUGGAUACGGCGCUGCCAUCAGUCUUAAUCAAUCAUCUUCUCAGUUUGUGUCAAUCACCACAAGAAAUGUUCCUUUGAAUUCGCGUAGUUUUACAAUCGAAGCAUGGAUUUAUCCGAUUGCAUUGACUGUUGUAGAUUAUGGAAUAUUUGGUCAAUGUCAAUCAGAAGAUACCAAUUUGUGUUUUCAUUUUUUAUCGCGCAAUAUUAAAUUAUAUUGUGGCUUCUGGGGUAAUGACGUGUCUGGAGCGACCAUAUUGACAAUGAAUGUAUGGACCCAUGUUGCUUGCGUCUAUGAUUCGGCAACUUUUACCCAACAAGUAUGGUUGAAUCGUGUUCUUGACGGUUCACGUUCAGCGUCUGCUUAUCAGGGUACGUCGGGUGCAAUAUCCAUUGGUUUAUGGAGCCAUGAAUAUUUUAAUGGUUACAUCAACGAGGUGCGUUUUGAAGCUAGAGCUAAAACUGCAAAUGAACUGUUGAAUGAUGCUACUUUGUUCGUUUAUUACUCGCUCGAUGACGGUUCUCUCAUUGAUGAUAGUUUCAAUGGCAUAAAGGGUACUGUUUCUGGAAACAUAACAAUGACAGCAGGUAGAGUGAAUCAAGCAAUACAAUUUACUUUAUGA